UUCAGUUUGAGUUUGUCUGUCGGGCCGUUAACAGCUAUUCCUCGGGAGCUUGGAUCGUUUAUUCGAAUUGGUAGUUUGGAGUACCACAACAGAAGUGAGAGAAGAGCAGACUAGUGAGUGAAGAGAAGAGAAGACGAUUGAACAUCUCAGAGAACAAACAUCGGGCAUCGAUAUACUUCAUGGGAGGUUGCUGGUGGAAGAGCAACCAGUUCAACAGUAUAUGGAAAGAGCUUGAGCGAACAAGGUGGAUUCAAAAAAGUUGCAGCCAAGGAAGGUGUGUUGUUUGGAGUGGGAAAAAUACCUACACGCUGUAAGGCGUUUAUGAGUUUAUGUGAGAAUAACUACAGCUGGAUGUGAAAAUUACUAUCAAAGGAUUAUCAAAUUUAUGGUGAACUUGCGGAAUAAUUAUUUCUAAAAGCGGCAACAUAAAACGCAAACGUGGAUUUAACAACUAGUGGAUUAUUGAGCCCAAUGGUGAUACUGGACGGAGAAACAAUGUUGCAAGUUGGAAACAAUCAGUACCUUCAGCCAGAUUAUCUUUCCCCGCUGCCCACAACGUUGGAUGCAAAAAAGAGCCCUUUAGCGCUCUUAGCACAGACGUGCAGCCAGAUUGGAGCUGAUUCCGGAAACAUAACGGUAAAAUCGUUAGUGUCGCCGCAGGAGAAAAAUAAAAAAUCAUCCUCUACAAUGCCUGCCGCCUCCAUGGAUAACGGAGUAGCAUCGGGCAGCUCGCGAUCGCCGUCGGUAAAGACUGAAAAGUCGGACUCGUCACCGGAAAUCAAACUAGCAUUCAAGCCAUACGAAAUGAAUGUGCUUACAACCAAGAUUAAAAGUGAAGAUCGGCCAUCUUCGAAAAUGAGCAGUGGUAGUGAUGUUAUGAAUAACAAUAGUGUAAAUCAUGUUAACAAUAAUGAUAUAAAGAAAGAAGUGCGUACAUCUUCGAGGGGUAGUGCUGAAUCGCCAAAUCGUGCCGGAAGUGUCAGUCUAAAGAAUGGCGAUGUUUCUAGUGAAAAUGGUAAAAGCACGCCUGACGGAAGUAGUAGGAAAACAAAUUCUCCAAAUGAUCGUGACAAAUCUACUGCAAGCCCUAUUGUGCGUUCUGGUGCUGAAAUGAUGCAUGCUGGAAAAGACUUGUCAGGAUACAAACCUGGUGUUUACGGGAUCAACCCACUUACUGGAUUGCCGUCACCGUCGGGAAUGGAUCAUACAAACCCUGCCUUCAGACCUCCGUUUGCUGGAGCUUUUAGUCAUCAUCAUGCGGCCAUGUUGGCAGCAGCAUAUCCAGGAGCAGCAGCAGCUGCUGCCGCUGGUGCAAACCCGUAUCUUCAGUAUACUCGUGUUAAGACUCCGUCUGGUGGAGAAACGUUAGUUCCCAUUUGUAAGGAUCCAUACUGUACCGGAUGCCAGUUUUCUGCCCAUAACCAUCAGAUGAUGAUGGGUGGUCAGUGUCCUGCUGGCUGUACUCAGUGUGAUCACCAAAAAUACAGCCUGGCAAUGGCUAUGGGCACCCUACCGCCAGGUUAUCCAUAUCCUCCUUCUGCUACUCAGCCGGGAAGACCUUAUAUGUGUAACUGGGUUCUCGGCGAUUCUUAUUGUGGCAAGCGGUUCAAUACGACUGACGAACUGCUGUCACAUCUUCGCACGCAUACCGCCAAUUUAUCAGAUCCAGCAGCUCUAGCCCUGCAGCAACAGUUGAUGCCACUGAGUGGUAUCUUUCCACCCUCAUCACUGCAUCGAGGCUACCCCAAUCCUCCGCUAAGCCCUCUAUCCGCAGCCAGAUACCAUCCCUACGCUAAGCCUGGAGCGCUUCCGGCGGCGUUACCUGGUUCUCCUUACGGUGCGGCCUUCAACCCGGCUGCCUUUGGCCAGUACUAUUCGCCGUAUGCUGCCGCGCUUUACAGCCAACGGAUGGGAGCAGCAGUACAUCAGUGAGCGAUGGAUACUACCGAAAGUUCAGGAGCUAAUUGCUGAAAAUCUGUGAUAUUAAAAUUAUUCUACUGCAAACGAUGAGGAUAUUGUGGAGCGACGGAUAUAAAUUCGAUCGAACACAGACUAGUAAUUAUCAAAAUGAUUGUGUAUACCAAAUUGUGGUUGUAAAACUGGUUUCAAGACUUUAUUUUACCAUACUCAUAAAUCAGAAGUGAAACCAAAUACACGUGAACAAAUCAUAAAAUUAGUUUUGAAUCAUUGUUUAAGUUUACUUUAUUACCACCUUUGUUGGCAUAGAUGCCGUCGGCAAUUGGCUAUAAAUCAAUUGUACAUUUUUUCUUCUGAAUCAUUGGUGUUUCAAAAAAGUGAAGCCUUAAGUUUGAUUUAUAAUACGUUUUCUAUCAAUUAUUUAUUAUAUAUUUCUGAAAAGUGAAACAAAAAUCUUUUUCUGUUAGAACUAGUUUGAUCAAAAGCAAGCAUUUGAGAGGUUUAAACAUUAGAGCAUUUCACAAGAACUUAAGCAAAAAGUAUACUGUACAGCCAAAUCCUAAAUCAGAAAAUGAGAAGAGUUUAAACAUUAAAAAAUAGUGAGCCGCUAAAUCUUUAUUAAUUAACUUUAGGUGUACGUCAUGAGAAAGAAUAAAUGAUUUUUAAAGAAAACUCGUAA